AUGGCCCGUGGUAAGCCGGCUGGCUUGAAGACUGCGCGUAAGCUAUCGACCCACAGAAAAACACAACGGUGGGCGGAUAAACAGUACAAAAAGUCGCAUCUGGGUACUCGGUGGAAGGCUAAUCCUUUUGGUGGUGCGUCGCAUGCGAAAGGGAUUGUCCUGGAAAAGGUUGGUGUGGAAGCUAAGCAGCCGAACUCUGCCGUCCGUAAGUGCGUGCGAGUACAGCUUCUGAAGAAUGGCAAGAAAAUUACGGCAUUCGUCCCACGAGAUGGUUGCUUGAAUUUUAUCGAGGAGAACGAUGAAGUGCUAGUUGCCGGUUUCGGAAGAAAGGGGCACGCCGUCGGUGAUAUCCCCGGAGUGCGCUUCAAGAUAAUUAAGGUGGCGAACGUCUCAUUGCGCGCCUUGUAUACACAUAAAAAAGAACGCCCGAGGUCAUGA